AUGUGCUUAUCGGACCACUGGCUGAUUUUUGGUGGAGCACUCGGAGGAGGUCUUCUCGCUGGUGCGACUGGCUCACAGAAAGGAAUCGACGGGUUGGAUUUAGGUCUCAAUACGGCCAAGAACGUCGCUCUCACGUCCUUCGUCUUCUUUAGUUUGAGGGAGUGGCUUGUUACCCCAUCGCUACGCAAGUACGCACCUGUCAACCAGGAUAAACCGACAAGGACUUUCAAGAUGGCAGACUCAGCGUUGGCGGGUGCACUUGGUGGAGGUGCCUGGAAUUAUCGUCUUCGCGGUAGAGCAGGUGUUAUCCCGGGUGUGAUAACAGCAGUCUUGGUUUGUUCGACGGGCCAAGCAGUAGCUAACGAGGUGCGAGUGCAGCGGAUUAAUUAUUUGCUGAAAAGGAGAGACAGAGAAGAAGAAGACAAAGAAAACCACAUGCGUAUUGUCGAACGACCACCUCAACCGGCACCUGAAGAACCAGUCACUCACAAAUGGUGGGAGAGAUUCAAGUUCUAUAGAGUACCAGACGAGAACUAUCUCCAAAAAUUGAAAGAUAAGGCGGAUCAAACAAAAGUUGCAAAAAUGGCUGUAGAGCAACGGAUGGACGAGCUAGAACUUUUAAUAGGGGAGGAGCAUAAGUUUUGA